UAAUAUUGUAUAUAUCUCGGCAUGCCGAGGCGGAGUCCCCGGACUUGACUCCCGCAACGUGUCCCACACCACACACUUACCUCACUCCCCCGACAACAACCGCGAGAGCCUCACGAAGAGCUUCAAGGUAACGUAACCAGAACAACAGCACGAAAAAAAAAGCAUGCAAACAUCCGGCUUAAGCAACGCGCCCAUCACCAAAUUUCUCCUCGUCUACACCAUCGCGGCCUCCGUCGUCCUCUCGAUCCUCGACCUUAAACAUGUCCCCGGCAUUCUCGUCUCCCCGCACCUCUCCACCUACGGGCAAUACUGGCGCUGCCUGAUCUGGCAAGUCGCCGGAUUUGCGAAUUCCACGGAGGCCCUGUUUGGCGCGAUGUUGGCGUAUCAGAUGCGCGUUGUGGAGCGAGCAUGGGGUGGAAGGAAGACAGCUACAUUCCUCCUCUCAACCCUCCCAUACACAACCCUCCUCCCGCCUCUCCUCCUAGCUCUCAUCGUCCGCCCGCUCUCCCUGUACAGAUUGAAUUCCCUCCCGUCAGGUCCAACCGCAUCGUUAUUCGCCCUGCUAGCACAGUACUACGCCUGCAUCCCGUCAACAUACAAAUACUGUAUUUCUCUUUCUGGGUCUGGGCCCGGGCCUGGGCAAGAACAAGAACAAGAACAAGAACAAGAACAAGAACAAGACAGACAGACAACAACCGCCUCCCUCUCCGACAAAUCAAUCACCUACCUGGUCGCCGCGCAGCUCGCGCUCUCGCAGUUCCCGACCAUGGUGCUCCCGGCCACGGUGGGCUUCGUGGUGGGAUUGGCCUGGCGGGCGGAUUUGCUUCCCGGUGGCGGGGCGAGUGGUGGCUGGAGGAUUCCCGGGUGGGUUGUUGGGGAGAAGGGGUCUCGUUUGUCGUCGUCGGCGGCGGCGGCAGGGGAAACCGGGUUCGAGGAUUUGAGGAGAAGGUUGGAGAGCGAGGCUGCGGUUGCGGGUGGGAGUGGGAGU